AAAAAAGUUUAAAGGGAGAACUGAAGAAUGAACAAAAGAAAGACAGAAAGGAGUCCUUGAAGGCGGGAGAAGGGGAGGGGAGAAGGACAGGUGUAUUUGGUGAGGGUAUGUGCUUCAGCAUACAUGAACAGCAAGAGAAUGGAGCUCGACACCAUAGAGAGAAAGAGUGCAAAACAUGGAAAAAGCAACAAGGCCUUUGAAUCAGAGGAGCAGGAUCACAUAUGCACUGAUGUGGAGAGCUCGUCCGAAGACGACGAGCAAAAAAAGACAGACCAACACGACAAGAGCUUCCUUGAGAAGAAAACAGAGGCACUGCAGGGCUAUUUGGAAGAGCACAAGCACCAGAUUGGCCUGAUUUUACAGGCCCUCUUAGCAGCAGGCUUUGUUGCCAUGGUGAUAGCGGCAUGUGUCCUGAACUUCCAACGGGCUGUGGGGCUGCUGGUCAUCUCCUUGGUAACCAUAUUCUUCCUGGUCUGGGAUUGGAUAAUGGAACGCUAUGGCGACCAGCUGUGGGAGGCUCUCACUCCUAUUAGAGACCUUCUGAGCAGAAACUGGUUUUGGAUCAAAUGGGUAAUAUGUGUGCUGGCUCUGGUGGGCGUGGUGUGCUGGCUUGUCCUGGACACGGCCAAGCUAGGGACCAGACAACUCGUGUCUUUCAGUGGUUUGCUGCUGUUGACCUUCUUAAUAGUGCUGUUCUCCAAACACCCAUUCAGGUGGUCCUGGCAAACUUUGUUGAUGGGGAUUGGACUACAGUUUAUCUUUGGUCUGCUGAUCCUCAGGACCACAUUCGGCUUAAGUGCCCUUCAGUGGCUUGGAGACCAAGUAGAGAUAUUUCUGUCAUUCACAGAUGUUGGAUCAGAGUUUGUGUUUGGUCCCAGUUACGAGGAACACUUAUUCAUCUUUAAGGUGAUGCCUAUAUUGAUUUUUAUAAGCUCGGUCAUCUCCAUGCUCUACUACGUUGGUUUCAUGCCCUGGCUCAUUUGCAAGAUUGGAUUCAUAAUGCAGGUUGCCAUGGGAACGUCUCCGGCUGAAUCAGUGGCUGCAGCUGGAAAUAUAUUCCUAGGACAUACGGAGACACCUCUCCUGAUUGGCCCGUACGUCGGUGAGUUAACCAUGUCUGAGAUCCACGCUGUGAUGACGGGGGGAUUUGCUGGCAUCUCUGGGACCAUUAUGGGAGCCUUCAUCUCCUUUGGGGUUGAGGCAACACAUCUGUUGACAGCAUCCCUGAUGUCUGCCCCUGCCUCCCUGGCUAUCGGCAAGACGUUCUGGCCAGAAAAGGAGACACCAUCUGUAACAUCCGCUCGUGUCCUUAAAAUCAACAAAGGACGGAGUAAGAAUGUGUUGGAGGCGGCGUCCCAGGGUGCAGCUGAUGCCGUCAGUCUAGUGGCCAACAUUGUUGCCAUCCUGAUUGCCUUCCUGGCGCUGCUGGCCUUUUUCGAUGCUGUCCUCUCCUGGCUGGGUGGGAUGUUUGACUGUCCGCAGCUCAGCUUCUCACUCAUCUGCUCAUACGUGUUCAUGCCGCUCGCCUUCAUGAUGGGGGUUUCCUGGGAGGACAGUUUCAUCGUUGCUGAGCUGAUCGGCAUAAAGACCUUCCUCAAUGAGUUUGUGGCCUACCAGAAGCUGUCAGAGUUAAUACACAAGAGGAAGGCAGGAGGACCAGAAUAUGUGGACAACGUCAAGCAGUAUAUUUCUGUCCACUCUGAAACCAUUGCAACCUACGCCUUGUGUGGAUUUUCCAACAUUGCUGCCCUAGGGAUGUCUGUUGGAGCAAUGUGUGCGUUGGCUCCAAAUAGGCGAUCAGACAUCUCCAGUUGUGGCCUCAGAUCUUUGAUCGCAGGCAGCGUCUCCUGUUUCAUGACUGCUUGUAUUGCAGGUAUGUUGUACAUCCCUGAUCCUCAGUGCCCACUUUUCUUGAGCACAGAGUUCAACAACACCAACGUGUCCAGCAGCUCCCAGCUCCUCACCUGCUGCGCCCAGCUAUAUGACAGCGUGACGGUGUACGAGCCGUGGAACGUGACCACUGGGGAGGGAUUCGGUGAGAGCAGCCUGCGAGGCUGCUGCUCAAUCACACCCCCCGAACACUUCAACUGCAGCUUGGUGCUGUGAAUGACUGCGAAUGGACACACUGAAUGAUAGAAACAUGUUGUUUUUCUUUGUUAGUUUUUUAAGAAAAAAUAGGAAAUGAUAUCCAACAGCACACAAAAGAUUAUAAUGAAAUAUACCAGUGUUUACAAGGUAUACUAUAUAUUAUAAAUGCUUCCUUUUUAUUGAAGUAUUUCUAUUGAGUUUUACUUUCUGUUUACUCCCUUGUUGUCUUUUGUCUUUUGUAAGAUUUCUCAAAAUCAUUUUGAAUUAGCAAACAAAAUAUGUGCUUGUCACGUUUAUGUUAAUAAAUAA